AAAGUUGUUUUGAUCUGUCACAGAAUCAGGUGACUGUGUCCGUGAUUCCGCAGCCCGCCCGAGUCAUCGUGAACAAACCAUUUCACCACGAACGCUUCCUUUGUUUGGGCAAAACGGUGGAGCCGUUUCAGGGUUUUAAAAGUCUAAAAAAAAACAAAAACCUGUUUUUGGAGCGCGUUACGUCAGCGUAACGCGCCGUGGUUACCGAGCUAGCUCGUGUUUCCAGAUAUUAACAUUAGCUGACAAUUUAGCGGCGUUCCAGCGACUGACAGGGCGUGAAACUGUGGGGCGUUUGAAUGCUAACGUAUUGUUUCCCGUCUGGCUAAAAGCUCCGUUUAUUUAGUCGCGUUGUCAUUGUGUUUUAGCUUAGCCCCGUCAGUGACAAUGCAUUGACAUUUCAGUAACUACCCGGCCUUAGCCGCUAGCCCGUCCCUGCUCCAUCAGUGACACCGCAGGCGUUCUGUAAGAUUGACAAACAUGUGAAGAGUAACCGAUGUUUGCACUGGAGACAUAAGCGCGACCAUGCCUCAACACCAGUGUCUGUCCAUGGCUGACGGUGGAGAGCUGAGUCGAGUGGUCGGACGCGCCGCCUCCUCGGACUGUCCGGGCCGGCAAACCUACCGAAGUUCAGCCCAUUUCCGCAGCCUGCUGGACGGCCUGCUGGCUCUCAGGCAAGGGGGCGUCCUGUUCGAUGUGGUGCUGCUGGUGGAAGGGCGACCUAUCCAGGCCCACCGUAUACUGCUGGCAGCCUCCUGUGAUUAUUUUAGGGGAAUGUUUGCUGGUGGCCUGCGGGAGACAAAGGAAACAGAGAUUCCAAUUCAUGGCGUUUCCUACAUGGCCAUGAAAAAAAUACUGGACUACAUUUACACCUCUGAGAUGGAAUUAGACCUGGAGAGUGUUCAGGAAGUCCUGAUAGCUGCCACACUGGUACAGCUGGAGAACGUGAUCGGCUUCUGCUGCGAUUUCCUCUUCUCCUGGCUGGACGAGAGCAACAUCUUGGAGGUGCAUCACCUGGCCGAUCUGUACGAACUGCGGCAGCUUAAAGCCAUGGUCCACGCCUACGUCCUCAGGAACAUCCAGACUCUGUCCCGGACGGACGCUUACCGACGGCUCCCUCAGGACGAGGUCUUCCGAGCGCUGAGCAGUGACGAGCUGGAGGUGAACAGUGAGAACGAGGUGUACGAGGCCGCUCUUCACUACCACUACAGUCCUGAGCAGGUGGAAACUGACCAGGUGUACUUGCAGGUCAGUUCCAAGGACAAUCUCAAGAUGGUUGAUGCUGUGCGCUUCAGCCUGAUUGAGAAGCAAGUGUUGCGGAAACUGUGCGACCGCCUGGACCAGUGUCCGCUGAAGGACUCGGUGUCGGCUGCCCUGCGCUACCACGAGCGGGAGAUCUGGCAGCCCGUCCUGCAGACUCCUCUCACCCAGCCCCGCUCCACCUUCCACUGCCUCCUGGGCUUCGGCGGGAUGUUCUCCUCCAGCUCCCACACCAACAACGAGCACCUGUUUCAGGUGUUCCACCCGAGCUGGGGCGAAUGGAGGACUCUUGAUGCGACGUCCGCCCCCCGGAUGUCCAACCAGGGCAUCGCUGUGCUCAACAACUUUGUUUAUCUCAUUGGAGGAGACAAGAACACCAGCGGGUUUCGUGCGGAGACCCGAUGCUGGAGGUACGACCCUCGUCACAACGCGUGGUGCACGAUCCAGCCGCUGCAGCAGCAGCACGCUGACCACUGUGUGUGUGUGGUGGGGGGCCACAUUUAUGCCAUCGGGGGGAGAGACUACAGCAAUGAACUGGACUCAGUGGAGCGCUACGACCCGCACACCAACACGUGGGAGUUUGUGUCGCCACUCAAAAGAGAGGUGUAUGCACAUGCCGGAGCGGUGACGGGCGGUAAGAUUUAUAUAACCUGCGGGCGCAGAGGGAUGGCCUACCUCCGAGAGACCUACUGCUUUGACCCCGUGGCAAAUCAGUGGACGGCGUGCGCCGACGGCCCCGUGGAGCGCGCCUGGCACGGCAUGGCGGGUGUCAACGGAUGCGUUUAUGUGAUUGGGGGAAGCAACGACCAGCGCGGAUAUCGGCGCGACGUCCUGAAGGUGGCGUGCUUUGACCCGUGCGCAAACUCUUGGUCCCUGGUGACCCCGCUUCCCGGCGGACACGGGGAACCCGGCGUCGCCGUGCUGGACAACCGCAUCUACGUCCUGGGCGGACGCUCUCACGACAAGAGCAACAGGAUGAAAUACGUCCACGCGUACAACGCCGCCGCGGACGAGUGGGAGAGCGAGACGGAGUUCAAGGACCGCGUCUCCGGCAUGGCGGCCUGCGUCGCGCUCAUGCCUCCCGCUGUCAUCGCCCAGGCCAGGAGCUGGGAGCAGCGCAUCAAGGCCUCAUGGGAAGACAUGGAAGACUCUGAGGACUCGAGCGAGGACUGAGACUUUUUUAAAAGCAGCAUGUUAAAUCUGUUCAAGCGUUGUGUCUUCUUUUGCACGCUGAUCACUUUGAGUGCCUCUGAGUGUGAUCCACAAUCUGUGCACAGCUAACUCCCACACCACUACUGUGACUGUCUGUUGCUGCUCACGUCGUUAUUUCCUCUCACUUUUUCUGUUUGUGUGUCAUUUUUUUCACAGAGAAACAAAAUUAAAUAGCGAUAAUAAGACUACUGGCUAUGCAAUAACACGGUGGCGUGGGCUCCUCUUAGCCCUUAGACUCAAUGGGAUAAUAACUGGGAUUUUCUGGCAGCUCUCACACGUUUUAUGUGAAUCUCUAUCUAAUGAGUAACAUUUUUGGGAAAUGUGUGUUUCAUAUGCUUAAUUGUUAUAGCGAGGAAGUGAACGUGUCCAGAUUAUAAAAUAUAGAAUAAUCCAGUUGAUUUAUUUAUCUGUUCUCGUGAGGAAAACUGCAGUGAUCAUCACAUCAUCUCAAGUCACUGAAAAACAUUUUAACAUUGUGCCUUUUUUUGUGUUUACGUGUGAAUUUGAAUUCAUCGAUGUGUGUCUGUGCCUCUGAGAUUAUUCUAUUAUUCUGUUAUUAUUGUUCACACUACGUUGCCGUGUGUGUGUGUGUGUGUGUGUGUAGGAAGUCUUGAUGUCUGUCAUCUCAACCAAAACAUUUAAUUUGCCAUGUCCAGCUAUAAGCUUGUGUUUUUCCCCCCCUCACUCUUGAUUCACAAUAACGUGUGCGAUGACACGGAUGAAUUCUGUCUGAAGAAGGAACGUGUUGAAACGCGUGUGACACGGGAAGUGCAAACGUUUUCAUCCUGGGUAACUUUUCAAAAAUAAACAAUAAACAACAUCUCAUAGUUA